AUGAGGCGUCGCGCAAAGACGCCCAUCUACGCCAUCGGCCAGCUCGAGAACCCGACUUGUGGUAGAGACUCAACUACUGCCGACAAGGUGUCGAGCGUCGAUCUCAUCGCCGAACAGUAUCGAGCUCUCCUUCAGACACACGACACCAGCUCAAUAUGCACUGACGCCCGAUCCGAUCCUCUGCCUUCGCGACGACCCUCACAUAGGCGGUCUUCGCUUACACGGUCGCACUACAGUGCCGGAGAGGCACCUGCAGAGUUACGGCCAGACGUCUACAAUCCGGCACCGUUGCGCAAAGCCUCGGCGCGUCCCCCGAAACCCAACGACGACACGCUGGUUGCCUUCGACGAAGAAGCUAUAUACUUCAAGCCCCUGUCCUUUUCACCAGAGUUUCCAUCGACGCCGUCGCCGCAGCCGCCGCCGCCGCCGCCGCGAAAUCGGGCCCGGCUGCAGCGCAAUCAUUCGUCUCAAGCACCAUCGAAUCACAACCUGAGCUUGCAGAUUGCCACAGACCUUCUGACCCGCGAGCUGUCGGCGACCAUGUUGAACCGGCCGCAACAGACGGGGACGGAUAUGUCAUCUCUCCAGAUCUGGGUCAUGAUCGAAGCAUACGAGAGACUGAGGGACCAAGUCAUGGGGAUGGGGCAGCAAAACGAAGAUGCCAAGAACAUGGAGGCCAUGUUCGACACUUGGCUGAGAGCUCUUUACAAUAUGCACGACAGGUUGACUAGUGAUGUGGCAUCCCACGGGAGCCAUUACGAUGAAACGGAGUUGGGAACGGAGGGUUUGGACUGA